CCAGUGUUGGCUUCAGAUACUGCAGCCCAGGGGACUGUGGGGCCCUCCCACUCCUUGACAGAGGCCAGUCUCCAGGCAGUAAACUGAGGCCAGCGCCACAAUCCUUCAGUGACACCGGGGCUGAGGCUGCUUCUCUCAGGUCGCUGAGCCGUGCUUUCCUGCAGGUGACCGACAACCAGGAAGGGAGGGGCCUGCGGCGUCCCCUCUCCCACGGUCCUGAGAUGCUGGACUCCUCUGUGGCAGACCAAAUGACCCGACUGACUCUGAAACUCUUGGAGAAGAAACUGGAGCGGGAGCGUGAGGAUGUGGAAGGGGACUCUGAGGACCCCCACCUCGUACUGGGACAAGAAAACAGGCCGGAUGCAGCCCUGCAGAGCGCUCUGAGGAGGAGGAAGGACCUUCUGCAGAGACUCCGGGAACAACACCUCCUGCAAGAGCUCGCCCGCGCCCAUGCCGGUGCCUGGAGGGGGCCCAGCGGAGGAGCCCAUCCGUCAGCGCUGCCUCCAGAGGUACCCUCCAGGAUCCCGGCUCCACCUGGGAUCUACCCUGCUGCCUCCGCAGCCCCACCGGCCCUGGAGCUGCCUCGGGUCAUCCAACACUCGGUCCCCCAGCCUCCUGCCACCAUCAUCCAGCAGCUCCCUCAGCAGCCUCUCAUCGCACAGAUUCCGCCUCCCCAGGCCGUCCCAGCUCAAAGGUCAGGAAGCAUUAAGGAAGACAUGGUGGAGAUGAUGCUGCUGCAGAAUGCACAGAUGCACCAGGUCAUCAUGCAGAACCUGAUGCUCCAAGCCCUGCCCCCAGCGGCCCCUGUGUCCUCCAGGGGACCGCACGCCACACUCCUGCACCCCACCCCACAGGGCCUGCAGCGGGCUCACCCCACUGUCCUGCGAGCUGAGAGGCAGAAGCCGCCCUCCGUGCACCACCACCACCACUACGCACCCCCAACCCCGCUGCAGGCUGGCCCUGCACCUGGCUCACCCGUGGCUUACUCCACCUGGCCCAUGGUGGUUUCUGCCACUGCCCUCCCACCUGCCGCUGGCUUCCUGCCUACCGUGCGCCACGUGGUCGCCCCCUCUGCAGAUGCUUUUAGCACGGCUGCACCUGACAGUUUCCUGCCCCCACUGGCUCCCGGCCAGUGAGCCCCCCUCACCUGUUGAGCUGGUGGUCCCUCUCCCCCAGGGGCGUGGUCUGAAAAACCAGGCGGAAGCCUAGCAGCAUCUCUGGAUGCCACACUGAGGACCACAGAGAAAUACAGGAAUUUUGUCAGAGAAGAUGGCCAGGAGUCAUAGGAAGAAGAUCCAUAGAUUCAGUCAGAUAAAAAUAGAAACCUUCCUAUGGGAAAAAUACCACAAAGCUAAAUCUAAUGACAUCUGGGAGCUGUCUGCCCCACAGUGGCUGCAGGCCGAACCGUGAUGCACUGUUGGAGGAGCGAGCACUCGUCGUGACCUGCCAGCGUGGCCUUCCUCCUGCA